CAAACCUCCAAGAAAUUGGAAACAACGAGGCAUCUGGGGCUAGUUAAGGCCCCAAUCCUGCCAACAUGCCCCAUGUUUAACUUCAAGCCCUGUGGGCCGUUCAGCUGAGACACCCUCUGACUGCAAAGGCCAGGGCCCCACAAACUCAUUGCACCCACGAAGGGCCGGGGUGCACACUCGAAGGAGGGAGCGAGACUUAAAGAGGAGUAAAACCCAAGUGCCGGACUGGGAUCCUUGCGGCUUGGCAGGACCCCUUGGGCCCGACCAAGUCAGGGAGAGGCAGCUCAACCUUGCAUAGGGGGCUGUUCCCCCGCGGGUCCAUGUGCAGGACAAACAGAAGGAGUUAAAGUUGAACCAGCCACACAGCAAGCUUUGAUCAGAGUCUUGCACACAAGGCGAUUUAUUAUCCACGGUGGAACAGGGAGCAGAGAUUUAAGCGCUAGGUCUGCUGCUGCCAAGUUUUUGACUCCAGCUGUGCCAGGUUCCUGCCGUUACAAGCUUUCUCUUCGGCCUGGCCACAGCGGGAGGAGGCGGCUGGCGGGUUGUUUUUAAUGAUUGUGCACCUAGUAAUGAUUAAUCCCUGGGCUGCCAUUUUAAGAUGAACAAAGAGGGGAGGAAAACAGGGGGGACCCAGGUAGCUGCUUUUAAAGGAAACCCAGCCAUCCCCCUUCUCAAGGCAGUGGUUCCAGGAAUGGAGCCCUGAGCCUGGGGCCCAUCUGCAGGCAGCACCAGGCUGAUUAGCGGCACGUUUGCCAAUAAUACUAAGCACCAGAGACCAGCGCAGCUGACACCGGAGAGAGCUGCAAACUGAGGUGAAAUAAGAGAGGAGGUGGCGUUGGCAGAAACUCUUGCAGCCGGAGUGGAGGCCCCAGCCUGAACAUUCCCAUCCUGUCUCCAGUGGUUCAGGACGGCUGGAUUCAGCAGGGAUCAUUGAUCCUGCACGUUCCUAGUGAUCCAAAAAUCCAAGAGGAACGGUAAAUGUAAAUACGUGAAAUUCUCCCUUUACCGGAUAACUGUCACCUACCAGUACACAGGCGUUCUCCUCCCUGGGCCAAACUGACUGGUGCGAAAGCGGCAAGGUCGGGCCUUUUUCUCUUACUAAUAAGGCGUUUCUAAGGUUGUGGUCUCUGGUGCCUGCCCUGCGUCGGAUCCUUCCUCCACCAUGUACAGCCAGAAGCCCUACACCAGCCCGCCCACCGGCUACAGCCCCCCCGGCGAUGGCUACGGCUACGACAUCCACUCCCCCCCACCAGGCUCCUUCUACGUGGAGGAUGUGCCGCAGUAUUUUUACAAGUGGAACUCUCCGCCCGGCGUGAUGAGGAUCCUGGAGGCCCUGGUCAUCCUGCUCUGCAUCACCAUCUUCGCCUGCGUGGCCUCCACGCUGGCCUGGGAAUACAGCUACGGCUAUGGGGGGAUGUACGGGAGCGGGCUAGGCAGCUACUACGGGUCUGGCUAUUAUGGAGGAGGGAUGGGCUACGGGGGCUAUGGAGGUUAUGGCGGAUACGGCGGCUAUGGAGGCUACUAUGGCGGGAUGACCAACCCGCGGGCAGCCAGCGGCUUCAUGAUCUCCAUGUCGGUCUUGUGCUUCAUCACGCUGCUGGGGCUCUUCGUGGCCAGUGUCACAAAGUCCAGCAGCGCCCGGUCCCGCAGGUUUUACCUGGCGGUCAUCGUGGUGUGUGCCAUCCUGGCCUUCCUCAUGCUCAUCGCCUCCAUCGUCUACAUCAUGGGCGUCAACCCCCGGGCGCAAAUGACAGGCAGCUACUACUACAGCCCCAUGCUGACCAUGUGCAACCAGAUGUAUUCCUCCGGCGGGGCCUACAUGAACCAGUACCUCUACCACUACUGCACCGUGGACCCGCAGGAGGCCAUCGCCAUUGUCUGUGGGUUCUUCAUUGUCAUUCUUCUCUGUGUGAUUUGCUUCUUUGCUCACAAGACACGCCACAAGAUCUGGAAGUUUGGGAAGCCCAAUAUCUACUGGGACAAGCCACUCGCCUUCCAGGAAGGCCCCAACGUGGAAGAGUGGGUGAAAAACGUUGCGGAGAGCACCAGCAUGCACGAUGAGACGGCCACGCUGGCCUACUCCGAGAAGCCAAUCGGCCCUGUCAAUGCCCCAGCCAGCGCCUACGGCUACCCGAACAAGGAGAACGGCUACUAUUCCCCCGAGACCUACAACCCCAGCAGCUCUCCUGCCCGUGUGGUCAGCGAGCAGCCCGCCAGGACCUUCAGCACCAGCACGCUGGAGGAGAGGGGGAGGGAGAGCUCCAGCAAGCCCGCUGCCCGGCGUGGGAGGAGAAGGAGGCGCAACCCCGAGCUGGACGAGUCCCAGUACGAGACAGACUACACCACAGCCAUGGAGUCCAGCGACGAGCGGGACAAGGACGAGUGGGGCAGCGUGUAUCCCCCAAUCACCUCGGACAGCAUUCGCCAGGAAUACAAGCAGGAGUUCGACACCGACCUCAAGCACUACAAGCAGCUGUGUGCCGAGAUGGACGACAUCAACGACCAGCUGAACCAGCUCAGCAAGCAGCUGGAUGGCUUGUCGGAAGACAGCCCCCAGUACCAGGGAGUCGCUGAGGAAUACAACCGGCUGAAAGAUUUAAAACGGACUCCUGAUUAUCAGACAAAGAAAAUGGAGAGCAAAGCUCUGCGGAACAAGCUGUUCCACAUCAAACGCAUGGUGAGCGACUACGAUAAGAUGAGAGGGUAGCGUGGAAAGCGGAAUCCUUUGGCGGGGGAAGAAAUUCUGCGUGUGGUCAGCCGCCUUCCCUCCACGAAGCGCUGCAGGAAUGCCAAACACCUGGACUAGACGCAGAUUUCUUUGUUUUGUACAUUCGUUUCAAAAGCAGAAUCUCUCUAUCUUUGUGCCAUUUCCAAACCGAAACCCAACGGGCCUCGGAGAGCGGGGCAAGAGGGUGAUUUUUAGAACAGAAAUGAAACUCCAAGGAAGUUUGCGCUCUAGUUGAUUCCAGUGGGCCCGUAUCCUGCAGUGACCUAAGCAGAAAUCCUAGUCCCGUUGAAAUCAGUGACUUCAGUUGGGGCUAGGAGAUCAUCCUUGGUGCUUAAGUUUAUGCAUGCGAGUCAUUAAUUCAAUAGAACUGAGCAUUAAGCAUGUGCCUGCGGCUGCUGCAGCAUCGGCCCCUUGGUUUGUACGUGUGCAGAUGUAAAUUUGUAAAUACGUGGCUAUGUAUAUAAAUUAGCCUCCUGUUUUAUAUUAUCAAAGGGUGAGCCUCUCUGUAGCAUGCUCACAUGCUGGUCCCCAUCCUGCAAGCCCUUACUCGCCCACGUAGUCCCAGUGAGCUCAGUGGGACACCCCUCAGGUGCGAGGACCCUCAGUGGGUGAAAUUCACCCCUGGGCUACAGGGUUUGUACAAGGUGUAUGCACCACUGACACCCCCUGAGCACGGUAGGUGGAACGUGGCUCCAUUGACCUGUGUGGGGAUUGUGCCGUUGACUUCAGUGGAGCCUGGAUUUCACUCCAUUAUGGGGACUUUGUGCUGCACAAGCCUGAUGCUGGCUCCCUGUCUAGGAAAGAUUUGCAGGAUUGGAUCCGUGCUCUCUGGAAAGGCAAUGAACAAGGACUCCUGCUCCCUCUUAGAUUAUGGUCAUCAUUCCCCUCCAUCCCCCGAGUCCCAAUGUGAUUCAAAGCCAGGAGCAUGGGAGAGCCGUGGCUGGAGCUCUGGAGCCCAGGCGUGUUUCGCACUCCACACCAGCCUGCAGGAAGGAGCCCAUUGCAGCCAGCUGAGGGUGAUGGCCUGUCUCCAACCACAGCAGCUGAGUGUAAACCCAGACCCAAGCUCCAGAGACUGUCCCGGCCCCUCACCUCCCGCCCUGUUCUGCAGAAGUGUCUCUCGUGGAGCUGACAACUAAGCGUGGCGGCGGAUGCAUUUCACCGGGAUGAAUAAUACAUAGGGAACUCCUGAGUCACCCAGCACAGCCGGCUCACACUCCUGACAACUUGACAAGCCAGCAAAAGCCAGGGUUUGGCCGCCCCCCCAGCAAGAGCCCGUGCUAGGCAUUGUGUGAGAUUUCACACUCGCACAGGCAUCACGGUGCCAGUCUUAGAAUAGCCGCUCCCUCCCCCCUGCUGCCACGGUUUUAUAGAGCUGGGCGGCACGGUGCGAAUGUCUGAUCACAAUUUUUUUUAACGCUGCCAGCACUUCCUAUGCCAGUGUGCUAGUCUGUAGGGAACUGGGUAUGAUGUCUGGGUUAUUUUUUUAAAUAAACCGUAUCUAUUGAUUUAAAAUGUCAGCAUCUUGCUGAAAAUGAAACGCUUCUCCCUUUCGUUCCUGAGUCGGCAUGUGGCUUGAAAAAGAAAUCCCCGUAUGUUUAAUUGGCUGCAGCCAGAGUCAGUGUUUUGUCGCUGGGACGAAGCAACAUUUGGAGGUAGAAAUUGGGCAAAGGAAGAGGAUACAGCAAGUGCAUUUGAUACAGUCACUGCUGGCCGCCAGCCUGUCCACCCAUUGCUGUGGUAUCAGAGCAGCUUCUAACCAGUCACGACUUUAUGCUCCUGACAGCCCAUGUGGGCGGUGAGAAUCAUCACCGCUGGUUUGCCAGGCGAGGACCCAAGGCCCAGAGCAAUGCAAGGGAUGAGGUCACGCAAGGAGUCUGGGGCAGAGCUGAAACAUGACCCCCAACCUCUCCCAGCUCAGGCUCUGCCAGCAAUGGGCUGGCAGAGUUCCCACUCUCAGCCCCCUCAGGGUUACAUUCUUAUAGCUACUUUGUAUAGCUGCAGUCUUAGAACAUGCCUUGGGGGCGGGGGGACCGGACCUGUACAUUUGGCAGAGAGAUGCUGCUGGAGCCCUAAAGCGGCCGAUUACCUGCUGCCUCUCACUCCCUGCUGGUGAGUACUGCUAACGCCGGGUGCUCCCCCUUUCACGCUCUGUACAGGAGCGGACCCCUUCCUAGGGCCUUUUCAGUUCUGCAGCCAAGCAAGCCAGGCCAGGCGCUCCAAUGGCUUGGUCAUGAGGGGCACAGGUUGAGAGGGGGUUGGUCUGUGGGUGCCUGGACUCCCAUUUGGUGCAGUCUGGUGGAUUCAGUCCCCUGCCCGCCCAGCCUUCUCCCUGUGGGCUGCUGUCCCAUGUGACCUGCAGACAAGGGUUGCAAGGUGCAGUUACUGUGUGGUAGGGUCAGAUAGCAGCUGGGACUGGGGAGGAGCCAUUAGACCCAUGUGACCAGCACUUGUGUUGCUCACGCUUGGGAUUUGUAUUGUGAGGUGUUUUUCUUAAAGCGCCUGCACCUGGAGGCAUGGGAUUCACGCACAUUUCAGCAUUUUGUUUCAAGAGAGAAGCCUCUAGCCCUGGUGGAUGCAGAGAAAUGGCUUGAAAAUUGUGACCCUUAAAGGCUCAAAAAAACAGAAAGGAAACUGGGGGGGGGGAACCAUCCCCCAAAACAUAUCGUUCUGUGAAAGCUCCUGAUUGUCUUUAGCUAAUCUCGUGAUUUCUGGGAACAGGGGGAGGUGACGCGUGGCACAUGCUGCUCGUCCUCUCAGGCUUGUAGAUGCUGUCAGAGCUUUAAGUGGGAUGAGGGUCUGCUGUGCUCUGCCCUAUGGGCUCACUGAAUACGGGGAGGGGGGGGUGCUGCUGUAUCUUCAGGGCUGUGCUGGUGCGCAGUGGCACUGCAAGCCAUGGGGCUGGACCUCAGCUGAACUCCCUGGG